AUGACUGGUCGCAUGCUUUAUCGGCUUGCUGGAUCAGCAUGGGAUGUAAAACUGAUCCCACGGCAGCGCGAACGGGACGGCGAGAUCCGCGUCACUGCAUUACCGACCCGAACGAAACAGCACGUUCAGUUUCAACGGCAGCGCGAACGAGACGGCGAGAUCCGCGUCACUGCACUACUGACCAAUCACGCGACCAAACCAGCAGCAGAAGACGUGGAGCCGGCGCGUGGUAACUGGACGGGCCGGUUCGACUUUCUCCUGUCACUCCUGGGCUACAGCGUGGGGCUCGGAAACGUCUGGCGAUUCCCUUACUUGUGUUACAACAACGGAGGGGGUGCAUUUCUUAUUCCGUUCACUAUAAUGCUUAUAAUAGCAGGCCUACCACUCAUGUUCAUGGAAUUAUCAUUUGGACAAUAUGCAGCGCUUGGGCCCGUUGCUGUUUACAACAAAUUUUGUCCGUUAUUCCGCGGACUUGGUUACGGAAUGGUGAUCGUUUCCAGUAUCGUCAUGCUAUAUUACAAUCUUAUCAUAGCCUGGACUAUAUACUACAUGGCGGUAUCUUUCGCAAGCAUUUUCUAUCAGUUACCUUGGCAAAAUUGUGUUGCUGAAUGGAGCACGCAACACUGUUACUCAUACGAAGAAGCAGAUGAUUGCGAAGCAAAAAACGGGACAUACUAUUUGAGACAGUGCCUAAAUCAUACAUUUGCCACUCUUCAUAACAUCUCUGCAUUGGCCGACGUAGCAUUGAGACGACCACCAGCUGAGGAAUAUUUCACAAAUCAAGUGCUUGGAUUAUCUUCCGGUAUUGAAGAAACAGGUCAUAUUCGAUUGGGUAUGGCGAUGUGUUUAUUAGCUGCUUGGUUAAUUGUGUUCUUAUGUUUAUGCAAAGGAGUACAAUCUUCUGGAAAGGUCGUGUAUUUCACUGCGUUGUUCCCGUACGUCGUACUUGUGAUAUUAUUUUUUCGUGGAGUUACUUUACCAGGAGCUUCAACAGGGAUUUUAUUUUAUCUCACACCGGAUUUUAGUCAGUUAGCAAACGCUCAGGUGUGGGGUGAUGCAGCUGUUCAAAUAUUCUUCGCAUUGAGUCCUGCAUGGGGCGGCUUGAUUACUCUAUCCUCAUAUAAUAAAUUUUCUAAUAAUUGUUACAUCGAUUCCUUAAUUGUUGCCGUAUCUAACAUAGCGACAUCCUUCUUCGCGGGCUUGGUGAUAUUUUCUGUGAUCGGAUUCCUGGCUCAUGAGCUGGACGUGGAAGUAGAUAAGGUGGUAGACCAGGGCGCGGGGCUCGCUUUCAUCGUUUACCCUGAGGUGGUGACCAGACUACCAGUGUCUCCGCUAUGGUCUAUACUUUUCUUUGUAAUGCUGCUCACACUCGGACUUGACUCUCAGUUUGCACUCAUGGAGACUGUAACCACGGCCAUUCUCGAUAGAUUCCCGAAUUUCAGACAAAGAAAAGUUUGGGUGGUGCUGACGGUGGCAGUGUUUGGCUAUAUAGGUGGUCUCAUCUUUACAACUAACAGUGGAAUGUAUUGGCUGCAACUGAUGGAUAAAUACGCCGCGAAUUGGUCAGUGCUAAUCAUAGCUAUUUCCGAAUGCAUACUCAUCGCAUGGAUUUACGGAGCUGAGAAGUUUUGCCGCGAUAUACAAUGCAUGAUCGGUCGCCAGACGAAGUUAUGGGUCAUAUUUUGGAGUGCAAUGUGGAGAGUGAUUACUCCUGCUGCUCUUGUGUUUAUCCUGGUGUUCAACUGGAUCGAGUACAAGCCAGCAUCGUAUGGGCACUACGUGUACCCUAUGUGGGCGGACGCGGUCGGGUGGACGCUCGGAGUGUUGCCCGUGGUGGUGGUGGUGCUCAUGGCCGUCGACCAGAUCUGCAGCGGACCGGACGAUCUUACCAUCAUGGAGGGAAUAAAAAGAAGUCACACGGAGCCAAAUCAGGACUGUAAGGAAGGUGUCCCAAGACUGACUGGUGUGGAGUCCAGGAAGUCCUUCGUUUUGAUCGCAGAGUCCGCGGGUGCGUUGUCGUGGUGA